AUGUGGAUGGGUACUGAGGGUGAGGCACUCAUCCUGCUAGUCAGGCUGGGCAUCAAAAAGGCCGUGCAGAACAAGCAGAACACAGACAGCCUGCUUCUGUGCCCAGCAGCCAGCCAGACACCCUGUAUACCUGCUCCCCUCAACUUGCCCAGGCUGGGCAGGUACAAAGCCCUGUCGACAAAAGCCUUGCUAUCCAGCGUGAUUGCGCCCACACUGCUCUGCGCCUUUCUUUACUUGGCUUGUGUUACUGCUGAACUUCCAGAGGUGAACGGAGGGAUGGCCACCGGCAGAGCCAGAAGCAACGAAGGCCGGGAGCAUGCCUUCAUCCCAGAACCUUUCGAUGGGGCUAACAUAGUCCCCAGCCUUUGGCUGAACCGCUUUGAAGUCAUUGAUGACCUCAACCACUGGGACCAUGCCACCAAACUGCGGUUCCUGAAAGAGUCUCUCAGAGGAGAUGCCCUGGACGUCUACAAUGGACUCAAUCCCCAGGCCCAGGGCGACUACAGUAUUGUGAAGGAGGCUCUUCUGAGGGCUUUUGGGGGCUCCGGGACCACCCACGGUCAGAAACCCAGAGAAAUUCUGUUUGCCAACAGCAUGGGUAAGGGCUACUACCUUAAAGGGAAGAUUGGUCAUGUGCCUGUAAGGUUCCUGGUGGACUCUGGAGCUCAGGUGUCUGUGGUCCACCCAAGCUUGUGGGAGGAGGUCACUGAUGGUGACCUGGAUACCCUUCGGCCUUUUGAAAAUGUGGUCAAAGUGGCCAACGGGGCAGAGAUGAAGAUCUUGGGUGUGUGGGACACAGAAGUGACCCUGGGCAAGCUGAAGCUGAAGGCAGAGUUUCUGGUGGCCAACGCAAGUGCAGAAGAGGCCAUUAUCGGCACCGAUGUCCUGCAGGAUCACAACGCUGUGCUGGACUUCGAACACCGCACCUGCACUCUAAAGGGGAAGAAGUUCCGCCUGCUGCCUGUUGGGGGCUCCUUGGAGGAUGAGUUUGACCUGGAGCUCAUUGAGGAGGAGCCUUCGGAGGGCUCCCAUUAAGAAACCCCUUUCCUUCUACUAGCAUUGGUUGGGGGGGACCCUGUAUUGGGGGGAGCAGAUGUCCUCAGGAGAUGUCAUUGGGCCUGGUCAGUCUUUACAUGUGUUCUCAGCUUCCCUCCUUCUGCAGGAGCCUUACCUUGCCCCUCUUGGGGGAGGGAGGGCGGCUUGGUGGUGUAGAGCAGGGUCUACAAAGACCUUCAAAGCUGGCAGAAGUUUCCAAAGAGGUUAGGACUAUUAGGUCCCCUGAAGUGUGGCUCAGUCACCUUCAGGUCCCCAAGCCUGCUCAGCUGAGCAUGGUCCUGGCUAAGGCCCCCAUGAUCCAGAUCCUUGGAGGAGAGUGACAGCUGCUCCUGACUCCUCCCCAUGAGUCCUCCCAACGGCACAGUGCCGUUCCCUCCUUGAAUGUUACUUCCUCGAAUCCCAUGGAGCCUGUGUUAAUAAUUCAAUUAUUUCAAAACACCAAUAAAGAUCUGUUC